AUGACUUCAUCGGCAGCGAGUCGUUCUGCAUCGUCCAAACGGGCCUGCAAGGUGCGACAGGCUUGUGAUGGCUGCCGCAUCCGCAAGAUUCGCUGCGAUGGCACCCAUCCAUGCGCAAAUUGCAUAGAAAAUAGCUGCAACUGCACCUACCAUGCAGUGCCCAAGAAGACAGGGCCCAAGGGCAGGCGAAGGGCGAGGCUGGCAGAGAGUAGGAAGCCGGCACAGUUUUCGAUGACGGUUCCAUUGGCAGUUCUCGCUACUACGAACCAGCAGCAUUUCGUACGCAAUGCUGGCUCGCCGGUUGCUGGUGAUGGGGGCUUCGUGCCGUCACCUCGCGUUACUGUGGACUUCAUGAUGUCCUGCCUGGAUGCAUUCUUCACACACAAAUACCCCAUUACGCCAAUAUUGGAUUGUAGGCAGGUCCAAGAGGCGAUUCCAAAUCUGAGAUGCAUGCCGGAAAUGUACGGGCUCAUAACUGCGUGCUGUGCUGUCAUGGUACUCUCGCCCGAUAUCAUCAUUACCGACAGCCCAGAGAGAAGAGCAAGCCCGCUGACCGACUUACAAACUGAAUAUGCAUAUUGUUCCACUUCCAUCUCAGCGUUUAAGGUGCCUCAAGCAGAGUUCCUAAUUGCAGAGACCAUCCGCGCGCGCAGCUAUUGCGACUACAUAGAACAUCCAUCCCUGACCACUAUCCAAACAUCCUUCUUCCUCUUCUCCGCCUUCUUUUGUCUCGGCAAAGAUACAUCCGCCUGGCAUUAUAUUCGCGAAGCAAUCACCACUGUCCAAUCACUGCGGCUACAUGAAGAAGCAUCUCACUCUGAAAUCCAGGAUCCAACAGUCGCCCUAUACGCGCGACGCAUGUUCUGGGUCCUCUUCAUCACCGAACGAGCCUACGCUUUGCAGCGUCAUCGGCCGUUGACUCUCCAAAGCGCUAUCGCCCUGCCCUCGGCGGAAUCUAGCCCUGAGGAAGCACACAUUCUUCCUGGCCUCUUGGAUCUGAUUUCGCUGUUUCAAAAUUUCGACACGGCCUUCAUCACCAUGUGGAAUGUAUCAAAUGAUCCACCAUUCUCCGCGCCGAAGGACUACCUGGUCCAGAUUCAGCAGGCCCUAGAGCAGGCUCUUCCACAAGUUUCUGAACGAACCACCACUCAACAGGCUGAUUUGCUCUUAUCUCGAGAAUGGCUCAAACUUAUGGUGUGGCAGCUUUGUGUCUCCAAAACACUACUCUGUAGCACAAGCCCAGACGAGAGUAUGUCUCUCCGAUUCCCGGUGAGUGUUGCUCGAAACAUGAUCCUCACGACCAGACAUUUGCCUGAAAAGGCGUUGGAGGCCAAUGGAGUUGGAAUCUUGGAAAAGAUAUUUGAUGUUGGCUGCUCUCUUGCGGAUGUCUUGUCAUUGAAAGCAGCAUCAACCUUGUUGCCACGUUCGACGAUGGAGGUCAGUCCGGCGGAUUAUCUCUGCGAAAUCAUACACCUCGUUGGGACGGCUGCAGGGGGGAGUCCACGACAUUUGAAGAUUUUGGCGGCAAAGGCUGAAGAAUGUUUGCGGCCGAGUAUGCUGUACAAGGUGGCAGAAAAGUCGCCUUUUCUCGAAGAGUCAGGGGCUUCUGCGUUGGUUCUUGAAGACGAGUCCGAUCAGGGCCAACCACUGGAGGAUUUGACAUGCAUCAAUCCACCUCUUCAGAUGACAACUAGCAACGGUGCCAUUGAAACCUCGUCCGGCGAGGAACUUGAAUGA